AUGGUUCCAGCUGUGUUCGCAAGACUCAUCAUCCUUUCCCUCGGCUUUUUGUACCCAGCUUUCAAUUCCUACAAAGCGAUCCGUGAUAAGAAUACCAGGGAAUACGUUAAAUGGAUGAUGUACUGGGUCGUGUUCGCGCUUUUCUGCGUGGCUGAAGCAUUUGCCGAUGUGUUCGUAGCCUUCUGGUGUCCCUUCUAUCAAGAACUCAAGAUUCUCACAGUCAUUUGGUUUCUAGCUCCUGCUACCCGCGGUUCUUCGUAUUUGUACCGGAAUUUCGUGCAUCCCUUUUUCAAUGAAAGGGCGCACGAGAUUGAUAUUUACCUUGGCAGAGUGCACAGGCAAGGAAUUGUGUUGAUUGUCAGUCUCAGCUCUCGAGUGGUGGCACAGCUCUCUGCAACGCUCGCAGAAGCGUUGCUCAAAGUGGCUCCUCAGCUAGCCUUCGGCGCAGUUCAGACAAGACCGAGAAGCGUGCUGACAAGUUCUGCACAAGGACGAUCCCUGCCUGCAGAGCCCGAGGCCCAUGGUGACGAGGGCGACUCUCGACAGCAGUUGAUUUCUGAACUGUCUGACGAUGAACCCCCGCCCUCAGCGCCUGUGGCUGUGGCGAAAACUCAGCAACGCAGGAGACAGCAGAAUGCCCGCAAGCCACCGCAGAUUCAGAUUCAGCGCGAUGUUUCACCCGCUGUCACUGAUGACGAGGAACAAAUGGACGAAGAUCUGAUUGAGCUCGCGAGAUCAAAUUCGUUUGAACGCGAGUUUUUCCCAAGAGAAAUGCUGCCGUCGCCGAGUGAAGAGAAUAUUCCGGCGUUUGUCGCGUCACGCACAGCGAGCAAGAAGAAAGUCCCAGCUGCGAAAGUGAUGCCUGGAGGUACAAAGCGAAGGCCGCCAAAACUACGUCAGCAGUGA